AUCUUCUGUGCCCCUAAGUCGACAGUAGUCUGUGGAAUGUGUCAUGGAGCAUUACGUGUGUACCCAUGUGUGUAUCUGCGGCUGCAUGGGAUAAGCGAGACGCCGCUGGUUCAGUAUCAGCUGUGACUGUGUGGGCAGACGUUUGUGAAGUGUCGCUCGUGUGACAUACUCUGAUCUUCCUUGUAGACGGUGCACGAAACUCGGUGUGUUGCACGUGUUCGCGAUCAUUACAAACUUUGUCCAGACACCUGAAAGUUUCCCAGCUUCGUGUGUUUCACAUCAUCGCCAUGGAUACAGUUCCGCCUGCAGCGUCAGGCGUCCGCAGCGCCAGCAGUUUCCUGUUUGACAAGGCAUUUGUCGAUGGGCAGUGGGUCGGUGCAAAGUCAGGCUCAGUAUACCAAAUCACCAACCCGUCGACAGGCAAGGUAAUUGGUUCUGUCCCAGACAUGAACGGAGACGACACCCAGCAGGCCAUAGAGAAGGCUAAUCUGGCAUUCCUCAAGUGGAGGGACACCACAGCAAAGGAACGGAGCUUGAUUCUCAGGAAGUGGUUUGAUCUGACUAACCAAAACACGCUGGAGUUAGCUAAACUAAUGACAGCUGAAAACGGCAAACCCUUGCAACAGGCCUUGGCUGAGAUAUCUACUGCUAGUGGGUUUAUCGAGUGGUAUGCGGAGGAAGCCAAGCGUGUCUACGGUGAUGUCAUUCCGUCAACAGCUGCCAGCAAGAAGAUGCUGGUCUUGAAACAGCCUAUUGGAGUGGCUGGUAUGAUCACUCCUUGGAACUUUCCCAGUGCUAUGAUCACAAGGAAGGCCUGUGCGGCCAUUGCUGCCGGUUGCACCGUCGUCUUGAAACCAGCAGAAGACACGCCGUUCUCAGCUCUGGCUAUGUGUCAGCUGGCCAAGGAGGCAGGCGUCCCGGACGGAGUCUUGAAUGUGGUGACCAGUUCCCGUGACAACGCCCCUGCAGUGGGCAACGUGCUGUGCACCAGCCCUAUCAUCAAGAAGAUCUCGUUCACAGGGUCCACAGUCACAGGGAAGAUUCUCCUCAAACAGUCGGCUUCUACGGUGAAGAAGGUCUCGCUAGAGCUGGGCGGUAACGCGGCGUUCAUUGUGUUCGACAGUGGCGAUAUUGAGGCAGCAGUCCGAGGGACAAUGGUCAGCAAGUUUCGAUGUAGCGGACAGGCGUGUGUGUCUGCCAACAGGAUAUUGGUUCAGGAAGGAGUGUAUGACCGGUAUGUUGCACGUCUCGGGGAGGUCAUGAAGCAAGAACUAAGGGUCGGAGAUGGUUUUGACGACAGCUCCACACAAGGACCUCUCAUCAACAGCAAGGCUGUGGACAAGGUAGAAGGCAUCGUGGAGGAUGCCAAAAGACUUGGCGCGAGGCUGGGAUGUGGGGGCAAGAGGUCAGACAAGGGAGUGAAUUUCUUUGAGCCGACACUGCUCUCCGAUGUCACGCUGGAAAUGAGGUGUGCUAAGGAGGAAAUAUUUGGACCAGUUGCUGCAGUUAUGAAGUUCAAGACAGAGGAGGAGGCAGUUGCCAUAGCAAACUCCACCAGUUAUGGCCUGGCAGGCUAUUUCUACUCACGAAACCUGAGCCAGAUCUGGCGAGUAGCAGAGAAGUUGGAGGUUGGUCUGUGUGGUGUUAACGAGGGCUUCAUCAACGCCACGGAGGCGCCUUUCGGCGGAGUGAAGGAGUCGGGUCUCGGAAGAGAGGGCGGCAAAUACGGAAUUGAUGAGUUCCUUGAGAUCAAAUAUCUGUGUAUCGGAGGCAUAUAACUGCCGUUUGUUUUCAAAAUUAGUUUGAAGCACGUUCAAGGGGAAAUAUAUCAACAUGACCAUUUAUGCUGAUGUGAAUAAAUGUCAUGCCUAAAGUAUGUAUUUAUGUAGUUCAUGAAUGGCGCAUGACUUCAUAAUGCCAAGAUUCACAAGCCCUGUGUCUUUUCUUCGUUGGUUCAUUUACUCAAGAAUCAAAACAUUGUCAAAGCAUUUUAGAGGUUCAUGAUUCUUUAAACUUUUAUAUCUGACUUUGUUAUAGUAAACACAAAAUAUUUAUUAUUAUGAGAACAAAUAUAUGGUUAGUCUUUAGCCCGGCAUUAAUUGACAUUAAAAGUGCCUAUUACAUGCAGUCAGUAUAAUAUUGAUAAUCAAGUGUGACAAAACAGAUACAACAGCGACAUAGCCAUCAUUAUCAUAAUACUGAAAUACAAGCCCCGUCUUACGAAUGUUUCCUUCCAUUAAUGAUCACAAUACUUUCAUAAUCAAUUCACCUUACAUUUGUAAAAGUAAAAUAUCAGUCAUCCUGCCAUAUCCGAAUAAAACAAUUUACUGUC